CGUGUAUCCAUGAAAGAAUAUUUCUCCUACAGACUCUCAGUAAGGGACGACUUUAAUCCAUUACUCAAUGCAGGAAAGCUGACUCAACAAUACAUCGUUGACGUUUAUGUUCGAGCGGAAUCAAAUGAUCUGCAGUGGAUAAAAAACAACCAGCCUUCACUUAGAGCCUAUAAAUACAAAUCACUGAUGGACUACAUUAAUCGGGAUGCUGACGUCAUGGAGCACGCGGCUGGAAAACCUGUUAUUCUACCAUCAUCCUUUCAAGGCAGCCCACGCAAUAUGCAACAACAUUACCAAGAUGCCAUGGCUAUCGUAAGAAAAUUUGGAAAACCUGAUCUGUUUAUCACUAUGACCUGCAAUCCUAAAUGGACAGAAAUUACAACUAAUCUUAAGCCAUGGCAGAGAGUCGAACAUCGUCCUGAUUUAGUUGCAAGAGUCUUUAGACUUAAACUGAAUAACCUCCUACAAGAUAUCAAACAAAAAUCUCUAUUUGGAACUGUCACAGCCAUUAUCCACGUUAUCGAGUUUCAGAAGAGAGGUUUACCACACGCCCAUAUAUUACUAAUACUUGAUGAGGAUUCCAAAAUACGCACUGAAUCUGACAUCGAUAAAAUAGUCAAAGCUGAAAUUCGAGACCGUGACACCUCUCCAUGCCUCUUUCAAAUUGUUAUAAAAAAUAUGAUUCAUUCACCAUGUGGCGCUACAAAUCCAAACAGUCCAUGUAUGCUUAAUGGCAAAUGUUCAAAAGGCUUCCCCAAAGACUUCCAAGACGUUACACUUGGUAAUAUAAAUGGAUACCCUAAAUAUAGAAGACGAAAGACAAGUCAAUUACAAAUUCGUCCAGGUCAUUCAAUUGACAAUAGCUGGGUCGUACCAUACAAUCCUUAUUUAUGUUUACGCUACAACUGCCAUAUAAAUGUGGAGAUCUGCGCUACAGUAAAAAGCGUUAAAUAUCUAUUCAAAUACGUAUACAAGGGACACGAUUGUGCUAAUGUCUCCAUAUCUGAAACGAAUGCUCACGAUGAAACUCGAAUGUAUGUUGAUUCACGGUUCGUCAGUGCUCCAGAGGCCAUUUGGAGAAUAUUUUGCUUUCCUAUGCACCAUCAGAGCCACACAAUAUGUCGCUUGCCAGUUCAUUUGGAGCACGAACAAACUGUCUGUUUUCAUGCAGAUCCUUUCACCCUCUGGAAUACAAACAAAAUGGGAAUGAUUGAAGAUAUUUGCCACAAGCUUCAUGAUACAAAUGAUUCCUGCAUCGACUGUGAAGCCUAUGCACUAAACGACAUUCGAUUAGCUCUUAUGCUCCUUGGAUAUACAUUGGAUAACUUCCAUUUACCAAAUGUUCCAGAUUCCUUACCGGAUAUAAAUUCCACAACUAUUGAUCUACAACAAGAAGAACGAAUUUGUCCAAAAAAUAUUAAUGUUAAUCACAUUAAUAACCAGGUCAUUUCAUUACUUCCUGGAGAGACACGGCUCUUUCUAAGCUCUGACAAAGUUGACUCUGAUGACGACAAUGAACAUCUAAAUUUCCCAUUAGAAUAUUUGAACACUAUUAACCCAGCCGGAUUACCACAACACAACCUUACCCUUAAAAACGGAACAAUAAUCAUGCUAUUAAGAAACCUUAACACAAAACAGGGUUUAUGCAAUGGCACACGGUUAGUCGUCAACACCAUGACACACAAUGUUAUUCAAGCAACAGUUCUUACAGGAUCACAUGCUAACAAUACUGUUCUCAUUCCUAGAAUUGACCUUACAAGUUCUGACCUAGAAUUACCUUUUACAUUGAAACGCCGACAGUUCCCCAUUAAACCUGCCUUUGCCAUGACCAUCAACAAAUCACAAGGACAAACCAUGGACAAGGUUGGCAUCUACCUCUCUGAACCCAUUUUUGGACAUGGACAACUUUAUGCUGCCUUCUCA